CCCGCUGCGGCUGAGGCUUUGCUCGGAGCCGCUGAGCCUAGGCUCAGCCAGGAACCGAGCCGCCGCCACCGCGGAGCCGCCGCUUCCCGGGCCCGGGCCUCAGCCCUGCCGGCUCGGCUAUGGCAGCAGCAGCCGCCGUCGCCGCCGUCGCGGCGAAUCUGUCCCCUGCGCUCUCCGCUCGUCGCUGAGCAGCCGUUAACCAGCCCGCCCUCACGCCGGUGCCGCCGCGGCCCAAGCUCCGCACAAGUUUCCGCCGCAGAAGAAGCAGGAGGCGAAGGCGGGGGAGGACAAACGUGGGGAGUCGAGCGUCCCCAGCCCACCCGGCCUUCCCGCCCGCGAUGUGGGGGCGCUUCCUGGCCCCGGAGGCCGGCGGCCGGGACAGCCCGGGCAGAGCCCGCAGCUUCCCAGCGGGCCCAGAUUAUUCUUCAUCAGCAUGGUUACCUGGAAGUGAAUCAUUGUGGCAGGCCACAACUCUUCCAUCCAGUCAUCGGAAUAACCAGAUCAGGAGACAUAGUAUAGCUUCUGACAGUGGUGACACUGGCAUUGGAACUUCCUGUUCUGACAGCGUGGAAGAUCACUCAACUUCAAGUGGCACAUUAACUUUUAAGCCUAGUCGGUCAUUGGUUACUCUUCCUACUGCUCAUGUCAUGCCGUCUCACUCCAGCGCUUCAGUUUCCAAACACAGGGAAUCAUUGACAUCAGAUGGCUCCCAGUGGAGUACAAGCCUCAUGCAAACAUUGGGAAAUCACAGUAGAGGGGAACCGGACUCUUCACUAGACAUGAAGGACUUCCGGCCUCUCCGGAAAUGGUCAUCUUUAUCCAAACUCACUGCCCCAGAUCACUGCAAUCAGGGUGGAAUUGAACAUGCUGAAGAGUCAAGGUGUGGAUUGGAAAAGACAGGGAGAGGCAAAGCUUUAACAUCACAACUAAGGACAGUUGGGCCUAGCUGCUUACAUGAUAGUAUGGAGAUGCUUAAGCUAGAGGACAAGGAAAUAAAUAAAAAACGAUCAUCUACUCUGGACUGCAAAUAUAAAUUUGAGAGCUGUAGCAAAGAGGAUUUUAGAGCUGCUUCUUCCACUCUUAGGAGACAGGCCUUAGACAUGACAUACAGUGCCUUACCUGAAAGCAAGCCCAAUAUGACAAGCCCAGAGGCUUUUGAAACUCCAAAAUAUUUAAUGCUUGGUCAACAGGCAGUAGGUGGAGUUCCCAUUCAGCCUUCUGUGAGGACGCAGAUGUGGCUUACAGAGCAGUUGCGGACAAACCCUUUGGAAGGUAGAACUACAGAGGACUCUUACAGUUUAGCUCCUUGGCAACAGCAGCAAAUUGAAGAGUUUCCACAAGAAAGUGAAACACCAGUGCAGGUUUUGACUGGAUCAUCUCGUCAAAGUUAUUCACCCUCUGGCUAUCAGGAUUUCACGAAGUGGGAAUCAGUGCUGAAAAUAAAAGAAGGACUACUGAGGCAGAAAGAAAUUGUAAUUGAUCGGCAGAAGCAACAAAUUACCCACCUACACGAGCGAAUAAGGGAUAAUGAAUUACGGGCACAACAUGCCAUGUUAGGACACUAUGUGAAUUGUGGGGAUUCUUAUAUGUCUAGUUUGCAGCCGCAAUAUGAAAACACUUCACUUCAGGCUCCAUUUUCAGAUCAGUCAGUGUCCAGUUCCCAGCAAGAAGAACUUGAGCAAAAACUUGCAUCUUCUGAGAAAGAGGUUUUACAGCUUAAUCAGUUUCUCAAACAAAGAAUAAGCCAAUUUAGUGAAGAGAAGAAGAAACUAGAGGAAAAGCUUAAAACCAGAGAUAGAUAUAUCAGUAGCCUGAAAAAGAAAUGCCAGAAGGAAUCUGAACAAAACAAAGAAAAGCAGAGAAGAAUUGAGACCUUGGAAAAGUAUCUGGCUGAUCUUCCAACCCUAGAUGAUGUGCAGAGUCAGAGUUUACAGCUGCAGGUUCUAGAAGAAAAAAACAAGAAUUUGCAAGAGACUUUGAUAGAUACAGAAAAAAAGCUUGAAGAGAUAAAAAAACAGUGUCAAGAGAAAGAGGCACAGUUAAUAUGCCAGAAAAAGAAAGAAAAGGAGUUGGUAACUACAGUUCAGAGUUUGCAGCAAAAGGUAGAAAGAUGCCUUGAAGAUGGAAUUCGCCUUCCUAUGUUAGAUGCAAAACAACUUCAGAAUGAAAAUGAUAAUCUGAGAGAACAAAAUGAGAAUGCUAGCAAGAUAAUAGAUAGCCAACGAGAUGAGAUUGACAGAAUGACUUUAGAAAUUCAGUCUCUGCAAGGGAAACUUUCUGAAGAAAAUCUGACCACACAAAAGAUGAAGGAAGAGCUGGAGAAGAAAGAAAGAAACCUACAGAGAUUAACAAAAACAUUGCUUGAUAACCAAAGACAAACAGAAGAGAUGUGCUUUCUUUUGGAUCAGGGCCAGGAAGGAGACCAAUCCAGGCAGCAGACGGUUCUUCCCAAACGACCUCUGUUUGAUUUGAAUGUGAUUGAUCAACUUUUCAAGGAAAUGUCCUAUUGUUUGUUUGACUUGAAGGCAUUGUGUAGUAUUCUUAAUCAGCGUGCUCAGGGCAAGGAGCCUAAUCUUUCAUUAUUACUGGGAAUCAGAUCACUGAACUGUUCGGCUGAAGAGGCUGAGAAUGACCACGGCCCAGAAACACUCACUAAAAAGCUGUCAGAUGUAUGCCAGUUACGGAGGGACAUUGAUGAAUUAAGGACUACAAUAUCAGAUCGCUAUGCUCAGGACAUGGGAGACAACUGCAUUACUCAGUGAUCAAGUGUUGGUCCAACAGCAAUAAUGACCCAUUGUUAAAUGCUGCUGUGUUACAGUUCUUCAUAUUUCUUUUUAGGAGCCAUGUUGGUCUACAGCCACACCACCUGAACACAUCCGAUCUCGGCUGAUCUCUGAAGGCGCUAUGUUGGAAAGUUGCAAGUGACAUAUGAACUUGCACAUAGGAUGUGUGUGUGUGUGUGUGUGUGUGUGUGUGUGUAUUUUUUUGUUGAGGGGGGAUGGAAUGGGGAUGUAAGGCAGUCUCAAAGGGGCUUAUCUAAUCAGGACAAAAAAAUCAGAUUACCAUUAGAAAAUGUGAUAAAGUAUAUAAGAAAAAAAUUCUGUAUUCUCAAACUACUGAUUGUAGGACCAAGCUGUGAAGAGUGCCCUUCAGAUCAAGGGGGUAGGAUUUCUUUUUAUCCUUUGUGUAUAUGUGUUGUGUGUGUGCAUGUGUGUUUAUUCACAAAAGUAUAAUGAUUUCUAGGGUCAAAGCAAAACUUCUGAGAAAGGCACACACUAUUUAUUCUUGUAUUUCUUUUUCUUUCAUGUAGAAGCUUGUGUUGUACUUUGGGGUUUUCAAAAGCUGGCUGAACAAGAGUUCCAACAGCAGGCAAGUGUUCUAAUAGUAGUACAGGAGGCAAAACCAUUCUUUUGAACAUCCACUGGGCUAAGAUGAUGAGGUUGUGGGGCCGGGUUGAUUUUAGUACUGUAGAUAGGUCAGCUAUUUUUCCAGAGUGAUUGCGGAUUGCCUUAGAGGUGUGAAAUGUUGAUGUGAUGAUCUUUUUCACUAACAUAGUAAUUUAUCACAAGGCGAUUUAACAUAAUUUGAACUAAUUUUAACAUGUCCCUUACUAUUUACAGUUUUUUACUUAUUAGUGUAAGCAAAGCCAUAUAUAAUUAAUGCAAGCCUUCUAAGGCCCCCUUUCAUUAUUGUAAAAGAAAUAUUAAAGUGACUCUGGAACAAUGGCUUAUUUAUCCAAAUCUCAAAUGUUUACAUUUUAACAGUUAUGUAUCUGUUUUAAAGUUGAAACUAAGAAAAAACCAACCUAUCUUCUUUCUAUCUGAAUUAUCACUAGCAUAAAACAAAACCUAAAUCAGGUGAUAUUUCAAUUCCUUUUAUUAGAUAAAGUACAUUGCAAACAGGCUUUUUCAUAGAAUAUAAACUUGGUCAGGUUG